GAUACCCAGCAGGCAACAAAUAAUUAUAUUGAUUAAAAAUUCGGCAAAAAAUAACGGUUAAAUUACGAUUUAUUUACAUAUAGCAAACAAUGAUUUAGUGAAAUGAGUGAAACAUGAAAGUCUAAAGCUGUGCUUGUACUUGGACCGGAAAUAAGUGGUGAUACGCGAUUACAGUUCGCAUCCUCAUUAAAAGUCACACUCUGCUUUUCGAAAGAGAGAUGAAAGCAAGUAUUUUCGCCUUUUUGCUGUUCAUUGGCCAGUCAUCAGCUAAAGAUUUCUGCAAUGAAAAACUCCGAACAUAUGUGACGGAAGCCGAGGAACUGAUAAACGGCACACUCUUGACCACCGAUGGCGAACAAUAUCCCAAAGGCACCUUUUGGAAAGAGGAAGAAGGAUUCUGGUGGGCCUGUCCCUGCCUGCUACACCCCUGCAUACGAGUUUGCGAUCAUGCAUUCGCAACAGAAAUCUUUCAAGUUUUAUUAGAAGACGCGCCUGCGCCUAUCCCGUGGGAUGAAAUCUAUUAUGCAAAUAAAACUGCGUCCAGAGGGAGAUUCAAAUACGUACACGAGGCGGUGUGUGAAGACAUUGCAUAUUUUUUAGACAAAGGUACAUUCAAAAUACUUGAUAAUGGAGAACUGGAGUUAGAGGGCCAAGAACAAAAUUUGGAUGCCACGCAUUACUGUGUUCACCAUGUGGAGGAAAAUGCUGCUCAUGUAAUCCAUUGCAUAGAACCAGAGGAAUAUCAUCCACCUUUGAAGUUCAACCUGUAUCCUCCAUUUUUCAUACUGAGCUCAAUUUUUCUGCUUUUGACCAUCUUGGCAUUGGUCCUCACCCCAGAAAUCAAGUCGUUUCACUCAAAGUGUGUGGUCUGUCACUCUGCCUGUCUGGUGGUUGCUUUCAUCGCCUUGACACUAAAUUAUCUGCACGGCAACCCUGAUGAGAGAGUGCUAUGUGUUACGAUCGGAUACACUGCACUUUAUUCGUUCCAUGCCUCCGUGUUUUGGCUAAACUCUUUGUGUGUUGACAUCUUCCUUAUUUUCAAAGGGGUCGUUCGCACUCGAGGUGGUACUCGCUUUGUGAAGUUUACGGUCUACUCGCUUGGAGCUCCGAUGGCCAUUACGAUUGUUGCUCUGAUUUUCAAUCUGAUAAAUGACGAAGACUCAAUAUUCAACUCGAGAUUGGGAGAAAACUCAUGCUGGAUGGAGGAUGGCAGUUACGCCCUGUGGAUGUUCUUUCUGGGACCAACUCUAAUGCUGCUGAUGGCUAACUUGGCCUUAUUAUUGUUUACCGCUAGUGCCUUUAACGUGACUCGCACGGAGCCGGAAUCGGUGCGCGCCUUGAAGAAAACCAUGCAACAGCAAGAUUCCAAUGUCCAUAAUAUGCAACCCCGAUGGUUGUACGUCAAAUUAUCAGUACUGGUCGGCUUUCCCUGGAUCAUUGAGGUCCUUCACCCUAUUGUCGGUGGUGCCGACGCGUACUGGUAUAUCCCGGAUGUUCUCAACGCCUCCAGGGGCGCUUUUGUCUUUUUUCUCUGCGUGGUACAAAAUGAGGAAGUUAUGAAAAGCUUAAGGGGCACAUUUUGGAAGCAGCGAGGCGAUGGAAGUUUGGAAGCUAAUACCAGUAGUUCGGAACCUGCAAAAUUGGCUGCAACUCAAGUUUAAAGAACGUCUUUGACGAAUUUUCUGAGCAUACCAUUUCGAUUCUGGAUAUUUUCCCGACCAAAAUGUGCAGAAGCACGACGACGUGUGAAUUAAUCAGUUGUUGUUACCUUUUCUCACUAUUUUUUUCCUAUAAAAAAGUCGUUCAUGUGAUGAUAAUGUGCAAUGCGACUUUUGUAUAUGUUUUUAGAGUGAGAAUUAACCGAAUAUACAAACAAACCCUCUACACUCCACACUCUCCGAGAAUAUCACUGCAGAAUCCACAAUAAAACUGAUGCUUUUA